AUGUCUACAGCACUUGAUGUCUUACCGAAUGAGGUCAUUAAUGGUAUCGGAUUAUGUUUACCUAGAGGUUCCCUGGCAAAGCUGGCACAAUGCUCCAGUCACUUCUAUGCUAUGUGCAUUGAAUUGCUAUACUCUCACUGUACUGUGAAGGAUCAGGAAAUGUUGGGGAGACUGAUCAACACUAUUCUCAAUAGAGCGGUGAUUGGACCCAGCAUCCGUUGGCUCGACCUACGCCAAUUCAACUGGAACGCAUUUUGCAUCUCAAGCUGCCGGAAGCCAACUUCGCGUACUCUGUUCAAAAAGGCUAUAUCGGUGCAAAACAACUUGAGUUCUUGGAAUAUCUCACGCUGGACGAACGGUUCUUAUUAUGUCUCAUCCUGGACUCUGAUAACAGUACUUCUUUGCCUCGUUCCAGAAUUAAAGGUACUGGCACUUCCAGCCCUGGAACCAGAGCGCCACUUUCAUGGAUACUUCUCUAGAGGAAGUCAUUACGAUGUCUCUACAUUUAGUGGCUUCGUCGAAUUGAUCGGAAAAUACCAGCAGUGUAUAUUGCAAGACCGCUUGCCUCUAAUGGUGCUUACAAAGUUGGAGAGCGUAACAAUUGGAACUGAGUUUUAUGAUAGAAAGGCAGAAUUGCAUUUCAUCAUGCCACUUAUUAAUUUAAGAUCGGUGAAAAGAGUCAAGGUUUUCUCGUUGUGUUAUCACGGGCGCUCGAACAGUCCUAGGGUAGUUUGCACAAAACCGAUACCCAAUAUUGAAAGUUUGGACUUCCUUUCAUGUACUUUUGUAGGUGACAUUGCCACUUUUCUCGGACGAUUUACAGGCAUUCAAAGAUUCUGUUUGAUUCAAGUUCCGCGAAUCACGUAUGAAAAGCUCAGCGAGAUGCCUCUGUCUGUUGACAACAUUUUGGGAGGAUUGACAUCCUCCAAACACUCAUUAGAACACGUCGAUAUCAGUUUUGCUUCUCGAAAACCGGAUGGCGAGCCCGUCUCACUGUCUGAAUUCAAACGACUACAGCUUCUAAAGCUUUGGCCGUGUCCUGCAAUAUGGUCGAAAGGAAGCCCAAUUAAGUCUGAAUCUCAGUUGAUCAAUUGCCUGCCGCCAGGAUUGAGGAAUUUGGUAUGCAAACCAUUUUUUGAUGAACACGAUGUUGUUAGCUUGGAACAACUCUAUCAGCUUGUCGCCGAAAAGGAAAAAUAUGUUCCUGAAUUGCGAAAGAUUGAACUGAUUUGGGAUGACGCUAGUCUCGCAUAUAAAUGUGAAGAUUGUGAGAAGCAUUGCGAAUUGAACGAGAAAAUCCCUUUCUUUGCGAAGCUUAUUGCAGAGUGUGAAGCAAAGAAUAUUCAUAUUGUCUCAGGUCACCCCUUAUGGAAGCUAACGGCAACCACCUAG